UCACAAAACCCCCCCUUUCUUUUUCAUUUCUUUCAUUCUGUCACCUCCAUUUUUCUCUCUCUUCUCUGCAAAUCUGGAGAGCUAACAAGCAAGAAGGCGAACGAAUUUCCAGCAAUUUUAUUCAAUACCCAUCAAUUUCAGGUACCUCCCCCAAAAAACCCUAAUUUUUAUUUUUCAUAUCUGAGCUCAUUUCAUCUUUAAUUUCAAUUCCACUUUGAAUUGAAUUGAAACCACAUAUAGGUAAAUCAUGGUUAGAGAGCAAAAAGUUGAAGCAUUUUACUCAAAAUUAAGGAAUUCGGCUUUACAAGUGUCGAAUUACUCCCCAGAAUUGUUUGAUUCUGCUUCAGCUUCAUCCCCUUUGUUAAUUUUUCCUUCUACUUCAGAUGUAGAUUCACUCUGUGCCCUAAAAAUUGUUUUUCAUAUACUUGAAUCGGAUUCGAUACAGUAUGCUUGUUACCCGGUAUCGUCUUUCGAAGAGAUUCAUAAGUAUUUGGAGCCUAGUUUGAGCUUAUCACCUGAUACGCCUCUUACAUUGUUGCUUAUAAAUUGGGGUUGUCAUAGGGAUUUGAGGAAGUUGUUGAGUUUGUCGCAAUCGAUUCGGGUUUUUGUUGUGGAUAGUCACCGUCCUAUUCAUUUGCAUAAUUUAAGUGAUGGGAAUGAUAGGGUGGUUGUGCUUUAUACUAAGGAUGAUGAGGAACAGGCUGAUUUGACCUAUGAUUUCGAUAUCUGGCAGUUGGCUAAUGUGAGUGAUUUGAAUAGUGAUGAUGAAGGGGGGGAGGAGAGUGAUGAAGAGGAGAGCGAGAACGAUAGUGAGAGUGAUGAAGAGGCAAGAGAUGGCGAUGAGGCCGGGUUGAAUAGGAAGAAGAGGAGGGUUUCGGAUGAAGGAGAAGCUGACCCAGAUAAGCUUUUCAGAAAGUUGAAAAGACAGUAUUAUCAGAUGGGUACAUUUCAUGGUAGACCAUCUGGGUGUUUGAUGUAUGAUUUGUCGCAUUCUUUGAGGAAAAACACGAAUGAGCAGCUAUGGUUAGCUUGUGUGUCGAUAACUGAUCAGUUUGUACAUGAGAGGUUGACCACUGAGAGGUACCAAGCAGGGGUUAUGGAGCUGGAGCAGCAUAUCAAUAGUCUUGGGAAUUUGGAUGCUGUUACCUCAGUAACUCUGAAAGAUGGGACAAAGAUUCGUGCUCCUGAGUCUUCUAGGAUUGCAUAUGAGGAUGAGCCGAGGUUGAUGUUGUUGAGGGAGUGGAAUUUGUUUGAUUCAAUGCUGUGCUCUUCUUACAUUGCAACAAAGAUGAAGACUUGGAGUGACAAUGGGAUGAAGAAAAUUAAGCUUCUCUUGGCUAGGAUGGGGUUUGCUCUUAUUGACUGCCAACAGAAGUUUCAAUACAUGAAUAUUGAUGUAAAGCGGAAAAUGAAGGAUGAAUUUGAGCGAUUUCUGCCCGAAUAUGGGCUCACUGACUUCUACUACAGAAGUUUUAUGCGGCUUCAUGGGUAUAGCUCAAGGGUUUCUGCUGCAGAUGUGGUGUAUGGGGUCACUGCCCUUUUGGAAUCGUUCAUCAGGUUUGAUGGUUCUUGUGCUUCUAAGCAAUUUGGGGUUGCUUAUGAUGCACUGUCAUUGAAUAACUUGGAUCAGUUGAGGCUUGGAAUGCAGAACGCAAUAAAGGUACAGCGAGCUAUUCUAAGACAAGGAAGCACGGCUAUAACCAAAAAGGGUUCAAUAAGAAGUGGGAGGAAAUUCAGGUGGGUUAAACUCGAAGAUUCAGCAGACACCAAACUAUUAGGAUAUCCUCAAGCAUUGACUAAGUUCUGCUACUUCGUGAUGGAUGCAUUGAGAGAGAAAGGGGCAAGAAUGAAGCCUAUUCUGUGUGCUUGUCUAGCACAAGAACAAGAAAAAGUGUUAAUUGUUGGGGUGACAGGGAAGCCUCGACUUGGGGCAGUACAAGGUAAUGCAUUUGGCAUGGCUUUCAAGAAUGCAGCCCAGGAAAUUGGUGCUGAAUUCUUCCACGAGCUCUUCGAAUCAUCAUGGAUAAUCUUGGAUAGAGUUGCUGUCAAUUCUUUCAUGGUUAGGCUAACUGAAAAACUAUAGUAUAGGAAAACAGAAUACUGGAAUUUCUUUUCUCAUAUAUUGUACUACUAGUAAUUCUCAAGUGUAAACGUGAGUUGAAUUGGCCCCUGUUAGCUAUGUCUAAUUACAUUAUUGCAUUCGUGUGAUCGUGUCUUAUCAUACUCUUGAUUGUUGGAAUGACUUAUGAGCACUACAAGGUAGAGCUGACUAGCUGAGCAAUAAACCAAAACUAAAUUUCCAAUUCAUAUUUUAGGUUUAAAUUGUCUUACUUUGCCAUAUAUCUACUAAAGUUCAGUAGUAUGUUUUUUGUAAACUAAUAAUGGGUUUUGUCUCAAUGUAUAUAUUUAAAGAGCUUUUCUUUUGUUAUUAUUAA